AUGUCCUCCCCAGACCCCGAAAAAGCGUCCCCACCCGGCCACGGCCACGGCGCCGGCGCAACCCAGAAUUAUCACCAGCACGCCGAAAACACCGGGAUGGAAACAAUCAUCGACGAAAAUGGCCACGAACAAGCACCGCACCACGGCAUGUCAGUGGGCCAAUACAUCAAGACGCGGUUCACGACGCUGAAGCCGGCGAUGAGACCGGCGCCGAACCCGAUCCGGCUGUUGAGGAUGAUUACGGGGAGGCAGUGGGCAUUCUUUGGAGUGGCGUUUUUUGCUUGGACAUGGGACGCCUUCGACUUCUUCACCGUCUCCCUCACCGUCGAAGAGCUCGCCGAAGACUUCGGCAAGACCAACACGGACAUCACAUGGGGCAUCACGCUCGUGCUUAUGCUGCGGUCUAUCGGCGCUAUUCUUUUCGGUAUCGCGGCUGAUCGGUAUGGACGCAAGUGGCCGUUUGUGGUUAAUAAUUUGUUGUUUAUUGUUUUGGAGUUGGGCACCGGCUUCUCCCAAACUUACUCCCAAUUCCUCGCCUGCCGCGCCCUCUUCGGCAUAGCAAUGGGCGGUCUCUACGGCAACGCCGCCGCCACCGCUCUCGAAGACCUUCCCCCCGCCGCUCGCGGCCUCAUGUCCGGCCUGCUUCAACAAGGUUACGCCUUCGGCUAUCUCUUAGCCACCGCUUUCGCUCGAGGACUAGUAAACACCACCUCGCACGGCUGGCGUCCCCUUUUCUGGUUUGGCGCCUGUCCUCCAGUCCUCAUCAUCGGCCUCAGAUUAUUGUUGCCCGAAACAGAGAUUUACGAGCAACAUGCUUCUGUUCGUCGGACUGCGCGCGCCACGGCUCAUGGCAGUGGUGAUAGGGACAAGGGGGGCGUCAGCGCAACGUUUUUAAGACAAGGCAAAGUCGCGCUGAAGAAACAUUGGCUAAUCCUGAUUUAUUUGGUGUUGCUGAUGGCUGGGUUCAACUUCAUGUCCCACGGCUCGCAGGAUUUAUACCCGACCAUGUUGCGAUCACAAUACUCCUUCGGCGCCAACGCGGUAACCGUCACGCAAGUAGUUGCCAAUUUGGGGGCAAUGUCGGGCGGUAUCGUCGUCGGUUACGUUUCGCAAAUCUUUGGUCGUCGCAUUUCUAUUAUCGUCAUGUGCAUCAUCGGCGGCGCGCUGCUAUAUCCAUACACAUUCAUCAGCUCGCACGUCAUCAUCGCGCCCGCAUUUUUCGAGCAGUUCGCUGUGCAAGGUGCUUGGGGCGUUAUUCCUAUUCAUCUUAUGGAGUUAUCGCCUGGAGCGUUUCGCACGUUUGUGGUGGGGACGAGUUAUCAGCUUGGAAAUUUGGUGUCAAGUGCGAGUUCGACGAUUGAGAGUACCAUUGGUGAACGAUUCCCGUUGGAAAAGAAUGGGGGAACGGGGAAAGUAGAGAGGUACGAGUAUGGUAAAGUUAUCUGUAUCUUUAUGGGAUGCGUGUAUGCUUAUGUGAUUUUGUUGACGCUGGUUGGGCCGGAAUAUUUGGGACGGAGCUUUGAUGUAUCUGAGGAUGAGGAUGUUAGGGAGGUAGCGGGGGAGGAGGUUGUUAGGGCUGCUGCUGUUGCGAAUCAUGGGGAGAGACAUGGGUAUGGGCAUGUGGGGAAAGGGGUAUGA